GACACAUCAAUGUGGGAUACGUCUGCGAUCUACAAUCAAACUCGACUGAGACUGAGACUCACGCGUCUGAGCAGCAGCAGCAGCAGCAGAUGAGAAUCUGUGGAGGAUAUUCCACCAAGUGCAGCUGCUGAAAUGAGGAGCAGGACAUAACUUUACAGAUUUCAAGCUGAGGAUCUGAACUACAGCUGCACUAUGACAGCAGCCACAAAGCUUCUGGACGAAAUGUGCCACCUGACGGCUCAGUCUCUGACAGCAAUGGACACGUCGGAGCACUUCAAGGUCCUCAAGCUCCUGGGUGAAGGCUCGUAUGGCAAAGUCAUGCUGGCUGUGCACAGGAAGAGAGGUACGCCGAUGGCCCUGAAGUUCUUCCCCCGUGAGUCCACGUCUCUCUUCUCUUUCCUGAGGGAGUACAACCUCUCUCUGUCGUUCUGUACCCACCCGUCCCUCACCAGAGCUCUGGGAAUCGCCUACUCCACACCUUCGCACUACGUCUUCGCUCAGCAAGCGGGCCUCUUUGGCGACCUCUACGACGUCAUCUUGCCCGAGGUCGGGGUGGAGGAGGACUGUUGUCAGCGCGUGGUGUCCCAGCUCUGCGGUGCUCUGUCCCAUCUGCACUCCCUGGGUUUUGUCCACAGAGACCUCAAACCGGAGAACGUCUUCCUGUGCGACUCCGCCUGCCGCUGGGUCAAACUGGGAGAUUUCGGCAUGGUGAAGGCCAGGGGCACCAGGGUCCCUGAGGUCUGGUACAGCUCCCCUUAUUGCACCCCUGAGGCUGAGGUUGCUCGCGGAAAUGAGGACAGCUCGAGCAGCAUGAAUGACGUUAAGGAGGAUGAAGAGGAGCAGAAGAAGACAAGAGUUUGGGUGUCUGUGGAGUCCAGCACAGACAGCUGGGCACUGGGGAUCCUGACCUAUGCCAUGCUAACUGGCAGUCAUCCAUGGGCGGAAACAGUCGCCGACUGCCGCUCAUACCUGAAAUAUUGGGAAUGGUUUGACAGAGUGAAAGGGCGUGAAGAUGAACUGGAUGUGUGGGCCGAGCCACAAACUGAGAGCGCACAGGACGCCAUUGAUUUACAUGGGCCGGACCGAGGAAAGAAAGACAGCCCUCCUGUUGCUCCCCAGUUUGCCUGUUUCACUCCGCUGGCAUGUUCCUUAUUCCUGUCGCUCCUCGACCCGAGACCCCUGCUUCGUGGGCAACCGGAGGACGCCCCGAGUUUCCUCGGAGGGGACUGGAUGAUGGAGAAGGAGAGGGCGAGGCUGGAGGAGGAGAGGAAGAAGAGCAGAGGGAAGGGAGCAAUCAGAAACGUGAAAGAGAUGGAGGGGAGAGGAGAGCGAUAAGGCUUAUGCCAAAUUUUGUUUUUACUGUGGCAAAAAACAUUGUGUCUGUAAGAACACUGUAAUCUAAAGCUUACACUGAACUUUUAAAAUCAUUUAUCAAGCAACUUAAACCUUCUAUGGUUCGACUUCUUAAUGGUGCGUUCACAUUAAGCCACGUUUCACAUCGUGUUACUGGCAGAAGUUUGGCCACAGGAUCACUUGUUUACUUGCGUGAGAAAUUUUAUUGAUAUAGAAUAUUCGCUGUAGUACUGUAAUAAUUAGCAGCAGCUGCAUUAUCAGAGAUUGUUUGUGUUUAGAAGUUCUGUAAUGCCAUCGUGUCCUUGGAAAAGACUCCCUCCUUAGCACAUUGCAUCUAUUUUUGGGUCCACACUUUUGUAAGUAUAAUAUGUCAUAGUAGUAGGCUGUGAACUGCUAAUAGACUGCAGCCAUAAACAUGUCCGGUUUAACAACGAGCAGUGAGUUCCCUGACUCGGAUUCAAAAGAUUAAAAAAAGAUUAAAAAAGAGUUUUUAAAAAAAUUAAGAAAUGCAAAUGCAAAUGCUAAUAUUUUACAAGCAGCUUUUAGCUAAGGAUUUUAUGUUUUAGCAUCAUUGUGUGCUGCCGCUUCACAGUUGUACAUAACUACACAUCUGUUUCUUAUAUAUCACAUUAAUUCAUUAAAUUAUGAUUUAAUGAUGAAAAUAAAAUAUAUUUCAUCAAGUGUACUAUGUAAAAUACUUGUUAC